AUGGCCCUCACACUUUCCUUCGAGUCUCAUCCUCUAAAUUCUGUCAUCUCAGGCCACAGUACCCAGGGUGACCCCAGUCCGUAUUAUGCGGUUUACACCACCAGCUCGUUUACCAAGCAGAGUACUACAUUCUCGGCAAUCUCCCCUCCUUCUGUUAUCGCGAAGAUUGAAUGGAACUCGUUCUCUCCAGACGGAAUUAUCAUGGACGGUCGGACACGUCUUUUGGACGAAGUAGUAGAACGGGGCGGGGCUUUGGGGAGAACGAUACGCAAAUUCACACUUCCGGACGGCGCGAAAUAUAAGUGGAAGAGUUACUCCAGCCGGAGUCUCGUUCUCCUGGAUAUGUACGGGACUACCAUCGCCCGUUCUCACCGUGCAAAGUCCGGAUCCUUUGGGAGCGUCAAGCGAGAUAUGACGCUUGUGAUUGAGAGUCCCGGAUUGGCGUUUCUUGACCUCAUAGUACUCUCAUUCAUUGUCGCGGAGCACGCAACCCGACAGCGCCGCAGGCAAAGCAACCAUGUGGACCAUAUGAACACCAUGAACAAUAUGAACACCAUGAACAAUAUGAACACCAUUAACAAUAUAAACGCCAUUAACAAUAUGAACACCGUUAGCAACAUGUCCAUGGGCUUUUAG